GUUGUACUUGUUAAUGACCUUGGGUUGAAUGUGUGUUGUGAUUUUGUUGUUUUGUUAAGCAGUGAAAGGGAUUUUAGAAAAUGGAGUUUGUCAUAGGGGCAACAGCAGCCUGUGGGGCAUGCAUUUUCUCCAACCCCAUGGACGUGCUCAAGACGCGCAUGCAGCUACAGGGGGAACUAAAGGCUAGAGGGCAGUACACUAUUAUCUACAGGAACAUACUUCAUGCUGGUAUUGCUGUAGCAAAGGCUGAUGGGAUAUCGGGACUCCAGAAGGGACUAGUGCCGGCUCUUUCAUAUCAAGUAGUCAUGAAUGGAAUGCGCUUUGGACUGUACAGAAAGAUCCUCGACUCAGGAAUCAUAUCUCGUGCCGAUGGUAGUGUGUCAUCGCUGGGUUGCAUUGCAGCUGGAGCUUUUGUGGGCGUGGUUGGUGGUGUUGUUGGAAGUCCUUUUUAUCUUGUGAAGACUCACCUACAGUCACAUGCAGCUGAGUCAAUUGCUGUGGGUCACCAGCACAAACAUGAAGGAUUCUUAUCUGCACUGCACAAAAUUUUCAAUCAAGAAGGUGUCAAGGGAUUAUGGAGAGGAGCAACCACCUCCAUACCUAGAGUCGGUGUUGGUUCAGCUGCACAGCUCUUUUCUUACUCAAAAAGCAAGGAUUGGCUCGACCAUUAUGGGUUGUAUUCACGAGACAGUUGGCAAAGUACAUUUGUUGGUGCUAUGGUUAGUGGCUUGGUGAUUGCAUCAUGUAUGAGUCCCUUUGAUGUUGUUGCAACAAGAGUUUACAAUCAAGGACUAGACAAACACGGCCGUGGGUUGCUAUACAAGGGCAUCACUGACUGCAUUCUGAAGAUCUACAAGACAGAGGGUGUGUGGGGCUUCUACAAGGGCUGGUCUGCUAUUUACUUCAGGAUUGGUCCGCACAGCUUCCUCAACCUCAUAUUCUGGGAUCAUCUACAGAAACUCUUCCUAAAAUACAGGGAAGAACAUGAUGCCGAUAAGAAUGGAUCAUGACCUUGAAAGUGAGUUUAUUGCAUAAUGUAAUGCAGGUAAUCAUAUAGUAGUUAGUAGUUAAUAUUAAGAUGUCCACAUAAAUGUACUGAUCUAUAAUUCUUGCACGGUUAAUUGCCUUAGCUAAAAUAUGUGAACAGCACAAAAAAGUGUCAUAUAUUUUAUUGUUAUUAGUUGUUUUGUGUAUAGAAUAUUUUUGUAUAAUAGAUUUUAUUUUAUAGGUGUAAAUAAUCUUGUAUAUUAAUUUGUUUUUCAUGAAAGCCAUCUGUUAUGUAGAAUUUUUUUAUGCAAGGAGAAUAGUGCUCCAUCAGAGGUUUUGUAUAUUCUACUUAAAUCAUACAAAUUUUAGUUAUUUUGAUAUUCCAGUUUUUUUUUUUAAUCUCAUCGAGAUACUGUUCAGGAAUAUAAGUUCCGGAACAUUAACUAUCAUUUGCAAAGAUUUUGAUUGCAAGUAACAUUUAUUAUUCAUAAUAAUUUUAUAUAAAGUGCUCAUGUAACUUCCUUUACAUAUAAAUGCAAAGAUAAGUGAAUAUUUUUUUGCUAGUCAAUACCCCACGUAGUACUGAAAAGUACAAGAUAUCAAAUGAGGCAUCAAGGAACACAGUGGCAUGUGACUGAAAAUACAGUAAGCUGAUACAUUGCAAUAUCAAAGUACAAUAUCAAAUAUCAAUGUACAGAAAUACAGAAGCUUAUUUCAGGCAGAGCUUGAAAAACUAUUUACAGCAGAGGCUCAUUGUCCUUGUAAGUGUAUUGAAUUGUAUUAUAACAUAUUAGCGUAUUACUGCAAUGUCAUGUUAUUAAUGGUAAGGUCCAAGUCAGUUACAUUAACUAACACUAUUGGUAUCUGCUGCCAUUAUUAAGUAUCUACAGUCAUAUGUCCUUUUUUUCACAAUGUUUCAUGCAAAAGUAAGAAUCAGCUUACUGGAAAUCAAAAAUAAUUAGAAAGUAUGAGAAAUUCCAACUAUGAGCUCAUUGUCUUUUAUAAAACUUUUUUCAAUCUACAAUUUUAUCAUGAUAAGGUCAAGGACACAGGGUUAGGAAAAAGAUGGAAAUAAACAAAGAACACUUUUUAUGUGUCACUGUGUUUCAAGGUGCAGCUAAUGUAAAAGGGUCCAUAUGUUACAUCAUUACACAAAGAAUAUUAGUCACAGCAUCUAUGAAAAAUUUGUUUUUUGUUGUUGUUGUUUUAUGAGUAAUUUUUUUUUUUCUGUUUUAUAUAGAAAGCAUUAAAGUUUAUUAGAGAAUAUAUCCUGCAGAUUCUUUUUUUUCCAUAUAGAUGUAGAGACAGUAAGCCAUAUUGUAUUUGGUUAAAAGAAAAUUUAAAAUUAUAGCUCCAGUGUAUUAUUAAUAAAACAAAGGCUUAAUUACAGUUGAAUAGAUAUCUUGAAUCAGCACUCAUUAUACAAUUUUUGCAAAGUAAAUAAAACAUUUGAUUAUGUCAUUCGUUUUUAGAAAUUAGAAAUAUGGGUAACUAUGUUUUAUUAUGUUGAGAA